UGAUCCGUCUCCAAAUUUCACUACUAUUCCCUGUAUUUGUCACCUCAUUCCGAACUUCACAGUUCCAUUGCUCUCUCCCUCAAAACUCACUGAAUUGUGUGCACAGUGUAUACAAUUACGUAUUGGUUGCACGAACGUUACUCAAUUCCGUGACUCGAAUUCUCAGUUCAACUGUUGACGUACGGAGAUAACAUGAAUUAGCUGCUUCACAGAUCGGGGAAAAAGAGAAAAAGCAAAACCUGAAUCAAGAAUCUCCAUUUCGCAAGUUCCCCAUUUUCUGUGUUAAUUGAUCUUGAGAAGCAUAGCAGGAAAAUGCCGUCGUCCCCCAAGUUGUUCUACGCUCGUCCAUCUUCCUAUAGCCGCAGAUCGACGUUUCUGAUCCUUUGUUCGCUCAUCGGGCUUUCGGGCUUCAUCUUCGGGUUUGUCGGGCUUUCAAGGCGGGGCUUCGGGUAUGACUGUAAAAAUGGUAAACCCUUAUCAGUGUCUGUGACCUGGGACAAGUCUUCUACUGGUAGUACGAGCAGUGGUGGCGGCGUCUCAGAUGAGGGGCAGAAGCGUCAUAAAGUGAUGGGAUUUGUGGGCAUUCAAACCGGGUUUGGUUCGGCCGGCCGCCGCCGGGCCUUGCGGCAGACUUGGUUUCCCUCUGAUCACCAGGGGCUUCAACGGUUAGAAGAGAGCACCGGUUUGGUUUUUAGAUUUGUAAUCGGUAGAACCAAAGAUGCAUCAAAGAUGUCGGAGCUCAGGAAGGAGGUAGCGGAGUAUGAUGAUUUCCUGCUUCUAGAUAUUGAAGAGGAGUACAGUAAGCUCCCAUACAAAACCUUAGCUUUCUUCAAAGCUGCCUAUGCUCUUUAUGAUUGUGAUUUCUAUGUCAAAGCUGAUGAUGACAUAUAUUUACGACCAGAUCGGCUUUCCUUGCUUCUUGCUAAGGAGCGUCCUCAUUCUCAAACGUACCUCGGGUGCAUGAAGAAAGGUCCUGUGUUUACUGAUCCAAAGCUGAAAUGGUAUGAACCCUUGUCAAAUUUGCUUGGAAAAGAGUACUUUCUUCACGCUUAUGGUCCAAUUUAUGCUCUUUCUGCAGAUGUUGUUGCAAGCUUGGUUGCAUUAAGAAAUAACAGUUUCCGAAUGUUUAGCAAUGAGGAUGUCACCAUUGGUUCAUGGAUGCUUGCAAUGAAUGUUGAUCACGAGGACAGUAAGCAACUAUGUGAAGCAGACUGUACCCCCUCAUCUAUCGCUGUUUGGGAUAUUCCCAAGUGCUCAGGACUCUGCAAUCCUGAGAAGAAGAUGUUGGAGCUUCACAGCAGAGACAUUUGUUCGAAAAGCUCAACCCUUCCAUCCGAUGAAGAUUGAUUAGCACACUCCCAGCUUCCUGCCAACCAAAAGAGGAAAAACGGAAACAUCGGCCGUGGAAUUCUUCCAUCGACCAACAGCGCAGCAUACGGCACACACAGGUCUGUUUCUUUGUACCCU